AUGACAAGUUCGCUUGACCCCCUUCUCUCUGUGUUUGGUAAGCCCUCUGGCUACGCCGAUUAUGCUGCAAUCGCAGCCUUCAGCUUUGCAUGGGGCACAUAUCUCCUAAAAGGAAAAGCAUGGGAUAGACCCGACCCCUACCAUCAUGUUUGGUUUGAAAAGCCACAGAUCGCAGAUACAGCAGCCGGUGAUAGAGUCAAAGAGACUCGGGAUAUCUCAAAGAAGCUUGAAGACACAAACGAUAAAAUCGUAAUUUUUUGGGGCUCGCAGUCUGGUACAGCGGAGGGCUUUGCAAACCGUCUGGGUCGAGAAUGCCACUCACGAUUCCGGCUGAAUGCCCUGGUAGCAGAUCUGUCUGACUAUGAUAUGGAGACUCUUCAGCACAUCAAGAAAGAAAAGUUGGUAGUCUUCGUCGCGUCAACUUUUGGUGAGGGUGACCCUAGCGAUAACACUGCUGGAUUCUUGCAUUGGAUUCGCGCUGCCGAAGUAUCUCUUGAAAAUCUGCACUACUUCGCUUUUGGACUCGGCAACAGCAAUUACAAAUACUAUAACAAGGUCAUUGAUUUGAUCGCGCAGUCACUUGAUGCUCUUGGUGCGCAGCGACUCAUGCCAGUAGGAAGGGCGGAUGAUGCCAAAGGUGCAACCGAGGAAGACUUCAUUGCGUGGAAGGAAGAAUUCUUUGACUAUCUCUCGCGGACUCUCGGCCAUCAAGAGUACGACGUGGUGUACGAACCUUCACUAUUAGUGGAGCAAGACACAUCACUCGACCUUAUCGACCUCCAUCAAGGAGAGCCUGUGGUAGAUAACAGAGGCCUGGUUGGAUCAUCAGCCGUCAAGCCCUUGCGUAUCAAAGAUAUGCGAGAGCUCUUUCGCCCUUCAGCUGAUCGGAAUUGCUUGCAUGCCGAAUUGGACCUCACUGACUUUCCCGAGAUGAACUACAAGACUGGUGACCACCUCAUCAUUUGGCCGAGCAACCCUAACGCUGAAGUCGAGCGCAUUCUCAAGCAGCUCGGGCGUCUCCAUGAAGCCGAUGUGCCCAUCUUGAUCAAAAGUCUGAAUGGAUCGAAGGUUAAGAUCCCCACACCGACAACCCUAUCAGCACUUUUGCGAUACUAUUUGGAAAUAUGUUCCCCUGUCUCUCGCGAGACGGUUGCCAAACUUGCCCAAUUUGCACCUACAGAAUCGUGUCGCCUGUUCUUGGACGGUAUAUCACGAGAUCGUUCAAGAUAUUCAGCUUUCCUCGCAACGACACACAUAACUGUUGGCAGAUUACUCGAGGUCUCCACCAGCUCUGAACCAGCUUCUUGGUCAUCUUUACCCUUAUCUUUUCUCUUGGACGCCUUUCCGAUGAUGAAGCCGAGAUCAUACUCGAUUUCGUCUUCCUCCGUCGUUUCUCCACGCACACCUAGCAUCACCGCAGUCGUCACACAAGCAGCCGUCCAAAAUCCGACAGCAGGCCAGAUCACGAUUCCCGGUUUGACGACGAACUAUUUACUGGCUCAUCAUGUCCAAGACAAGAAUACAUACUCUCUCCAGGGCCCUGGUAACACUCUCGAAGGCCGUAAAGUCUAUGCGCAGAUCCGCAAGUCCAAGUUCAAGCUUCCAGCUCUUUCGAGUCAACCUAUCAUCAUGAUUGCGGCCGGAACUGGUAUCGCACCAUUCAGAGGCUUCAUACAAGAACGCGCUCGCAUGAAGCAAGUAGGCAAGGCUUGUGGGAAGAUGCUUCUUUACUUUGGAUGCCGGAGUCCCGAUGAAGACUACAUCUACUGUGAGGAAUUGGCACAACUACAGGCAGUGCUCGAAGAUCAGCUCUGCAUUGUAACCGCUUUCUCCCGCUACAAAGGCAAGAAGAUAUAUACACAGGACCGCAUCCUGGAGGAUAAGGACAGAAUGUUCGGCAUGCUGACAGAAGCAAAUGCCAACCUUUACAUCUGUGGUUCAGCGACGAUGGCCAGAGAGGUCAAUAACACUAUCAGCAGUAUUAUCAAAGAUGGAAACGCUUGGACAGAUGAGGAGAUCAAGACGUGGUACGAGACAAAGAAGAAGACGAGGAAGUUCCAAGAGGAUGUGUGGGGAUAA